AUGAAGUUUCCACAGAUCUACAACGUGUACGCCAUCUGCGGCUUUGCCGCUCUUGGUGGUAUUCUCUUCGGCUUCGAUAUCUCCUCAAUGUCGGGCGCUCUAGGCACCCCAGCCUACAAGCGCUACUUUGGUAACCCCAGUGGAACCCGCCAAGGCGGAAUCACUGCUUCCAUGCCUGCUGGAUCGCUCUUUGGGGCUCUGUCUUCGUCCUUCAUCGCUGAUCGGCUCUCGCGUCGAUAUGCUAUCCAGAUUGCCGCGCUCAUCUGGAUCAUCGGGGCAAUCUUCCAGGCCGCUGCCAAUGGUGUCGCUCUCCUCUGCGUUGGUCGAGUAGUUGGCGGAUUUGCUAUUGGUAUCUGCUCUGCCAUGGUACCCGUGUACCAGGCUGAGAUUGCACCCAAGAACAUUCGCGGUCGCGUUGUUUCGCUGCAGCAAUGUGCUAUCACGUGGGGAAUCUUAAUCCAGUACUUCAUCCAGUACGGUAGUUCCUUCGUCGACGGCGGUGUCAGCAACCCGAACCAAUCCACGGCCGCCUUCCGCAUUCCAUGGGGUAUCCAAGCUGUUCCUGGCGCAGCCCUCUUCAUCGGCUUCUUCUUCUUCCCUCGAUCCCCGCGUUGGUUGGCUUCCAAGGACCGCUGGGAAGAAGCUCUCGAUGUUCUUGCUCAUCUUCAUGGCGGCGGCGACGUACACCACCCCAAGGUUCUCGCCGAGUACAAGGAGAUCGAAGAGGCUCUUGCUUUUGAGCGUGAGGUCGCUGACACCAGCUUUGCUAUUCUCGCCAAACCUCGCAUUCUCAAGCGCGUUUUUCUUGGUAUCUCUAUCCAGGCGUGGAGUCAACUGACUGGAAUGAAUGUAAUGAUGUACUACAUCAUUUUCAUCAUGCGUGGAGCUGGUAUCGCCGACGAGCUCCUCACCGCUUCCAUCCAGUAUAUCAUCAACGUGGCGAUGACGCUACCUGCCAUUCUCUACCUCGACAAGUUCGGCCGUCGCCCUGCUUUACUCUGCGGAUCCUUCCUCAUGGCCGUUUGGCUCUUCACCACCGGCGCUCUCCAGGCUUCGUACGGCAACCCCAACCCCGACACAACUGACAGGGACAUUUCAUGGGUUGUUCCUCGCGAGCACAGCUCCGUCUCCAAAGGCAUUGUCGCUUGUUCAUACCUCUUUGUCGCCACAUUUGCCACGACCUGGGGCCCCGUCAGCUGGACCUACCCUUCAGAGAUUUUCCCCGCAAAGGUGCGCGCCAAAGCCGUCAGUAUCGCCACGGCUACAAACUGGGCCUGGAACUGCGCUCUCGCCUUUGCCGUUCCCCCGCUCCUCUGGUCCAUCAACUGGAAAAUGUACAUGAUCUUUGGCACCUUCAAUGCCGUCGCCUUUAUCCACAUGUUUCUCACCGCCCCGGAGACAAAGGGCAAGACGCUCGAGGAAAUGGACGAGGUGUUUGACUCGGGGCUUCCCGCUUGGAAGGCCGGCAAGGUCGAGUCGCGACUGGAUCGUGUCACGCGGGACAUUGAGGAUGGAAAGCUCAAGGUGGGACUUGGUCAUGGCCGCGUCGAAGGUGUCAAUGUCGAGCCCAAGGUGUAG